UUGCAGAGCUUAUCAACAUGAGCGGAGCCAGCCAGACAUAAUUACCAGGAUGAUGGGUUCUUCCACUUCGUUUCAGUUGUCUAGGUCCAAGUAGUUCGUUUCGUGAGUUAUCCAAAGUUGCGCCGCAAAGAUGAGUACUGCUAAUCGCUACCAACACAUCAAGUCAACUAAGCCUGUUGUAGGCAAAGCAAGAAAAUUGAAGGAUCUCAUGAUAAAAAGUGAUAAUAGGAUAUGUGCUGACUGUGGUGCACCUGAUCCCAAAUGGGCAUCUGCUAAUAUUGGAGUGUUUCUUUGCUUAAAAUGUGGAGAUGUUCAUAAGGCACUUGGACCUGACAUCUCAAAGGUUUUAUCUGUAACUUUGGAUGAUUGGUCUGAUAGUGAUAUCGACUCCAUGGUUGAGGUUGGUGGAAACUCACAUGCAAAUUCAAUUUAUGAGGCUUUUCUUCCAAAAGAUCGCCCAAAACCUAAACCAGAUUCAACGAUGGAAUAUAGGACAAAAUUUAUAAGAGCUAAGUAUGAGACACAAGAUUUUUUGAAGCCAAGUCUGCGCAUUCAUUAAGAUCAUCUUUUAAAUCUACCACUUCUGUGAAGAGUGUAGAUAGCAAUUUCUCUAGCAUUUCAAGGAAGGAUGUAUCU